AUGGAACAUUUCAAGAUUCAUACAAUUAUUGGCAGAAAUUACCUUGUCUUCGACAAAUCAGGCAAACUGCCCUUUAGCAUAGCUUUGGGCUUAUGUCGGCCUGCUGGCGCCGAUACUGAUCCUCGAAACGUGGGACUGAAGACAACAAGAUCAAUCCUUGACAUCCCGUAUGCGCUAUCUCGCGGGCUACUCUCACUACAAGAGGAUGAUGUGGAAGUUGACGUUGGAAACCUAAAACCUACAGAAUACAACAAUGUCGACAAACCGUUUCUACAUCUCAAGUCGCCAGUUGGCAGAGAUGACAAUGUCAAGAAAGACUGGUCAGUAUAUCAUUAUGACGUUCAUCCCGAUAGCGAACUCGCGGCAAUGUUUAAGCCCGGGAAGAGAUACACGAUUCGGAACAAAGCAGGAGACCUGGGCGAGUACGUGUUCAUUGGCGAGAAUGGUCAACCCUCGGAACCGAAUGAGACCGAGAAGCUAUGCAGCAGCAGAGCAAACGGCCGCGCACUCUUCGAGGUGGUCGAAUUUCUCCCUUGGCCUCCAGAAAUAGAGACAAAGACGAAAAGAUGCAGCGAUAAUGAAGACGACACUCUGCGUCUUGAGAUCACGGUUACGAACAAGGGCACUGAAGCUAUCAGUGUCCAAACCCGCGGUCGUCAGAGAUUCCUCAUCCCGUCAGGCCUGAUAGAACCAGAACCGGGAUUUCCGCCCUUUGAUCCCCGUCCCCGUAUCAUCGAUUCUGAGAAGCCCGUGCCUAGAGCGACUUUCCAAAUCUUCGAUUCUGCGACCAAAAAAAUUGUACGAAAAGCAACCCAACCCGGUGUCUGUGGUCUAUAUCAGGAGCAUGAUGAACGUCCGAAACUGGAAUCUCUCACUACUCUGAGGCCAGAAGAGCCAAUCAUCAGGCACAUAGACGUUGGCAUACUAGCAUCCAAGCUUCCCGAUGGGAAAUUUGGUCUUAGAAUGGAACCUCGGGGUAUGUGGUGGUGUGUUGGCGACUGUGAGGAGUUUGCAGCAGCAGGAGAGGAUCGAGUGCCUGCCCAUCUGUACAAUCCCAAGAUCCCACCAGUGAUGCUGGAGUGCAGGGAUAUUGUCGAGAUAGAGGUCAAGGAUGGAGUCGCCAAGUAG